UAUUUUUUAUUUUGUUUAUUUAAUUAUUAGAUUGGGCCUUAUGUUUAUGGGCUUUAGGAUUUUUUCUAUAUUUUAACCUAAUAAGAGGUUAUAAAUACCUCAUAAAUUAGGGUAGUCGUAGUAUAGAAUUUUUAGAGAUUUCAAAACUUUUUUCUGAUUUUGUGAUAAAAUCAUGGCAUGGACAAUUGAGGUUGAGGAGUCUCUUUGUUGCAUCGGGAAAUUAGGUAGAAGAUUGAGGAGUCCCUUCGAUUCAAUUUUCAAACUACGUCAUUGAUAAGUUAGGUUGAUGAGUUCUUUUUUGUUGCGUCAAAAAAUUGGAUAGAAAUAAAAUGAUUCUCUUUGUACUCAAUUUCAAUUUAUCAUUUUUAUUUCUAUUUCAAUUUUAAUGUAUCUUUUUUAUUCGAUUUCAAUAAUAAGUAACUACUAACUAGAGCACAUGUACCUGAGUUAGAUGCCCCGUUAGACGCAUAAAGCUGACUAAGAGCAACCUCCCAGAAUCCCAGUCACAACAUAUUAAGAUUAAUUAGAUUUAUUUCUUAUUAAUUUAGAAUUAAAUUUGAAUAUAUUUAAAAUAAAUAAAAAAAAUAUUCAAAUCAAAUCCGAAUCCGAUUGAAUUCAUUCAACGCAAUACUUAGGAGUCAUAUAUAAAGCCUGGCAGAAGAUACCACAUGAUGUAUUAUUGAAAGGUGUGUAGAUCUUAAAUGGGGCGUUCCCUAUGCAUCACCCAUAUAAAUAUAGGCCCGAUUGACCAAUAAAAACUUACCUCUUUCUCUAACUUGUAAGCAAGUUUAAGAAUAUAUAUUGUGUCCACAAGAAUAAGAAUUUAUUAUUAUACUAACACAUUAAUCAUGCGAUAUAUUUACUAUUUUAUUAUUACAUUACAUACUUGCAAGUUGCAUGCUUCAUGUUAUAUGAUUGAAAAAGAAUUAACAAUCUCAAAGCGUAAGAAGAAGGAGAAGAAGGAGGAUGUGGAAGAAGGGGUUUGUUGGGGUUGAAUUAUUGUUAUUAUUAGUGUUGGUAGGUUCAUCAGUUAUAUUAGUAGUUGAUGGUUUGAGAAGAGAUGAAUACCCGCCUCACUUUGUGUUUGGUGCUUCAACAUCUGCUUAUCAGGUAGAAGGUGCAGCAGAUGAAGAUGGAAGGAAGCCAAGCAUAUGGGAUACCUUUGCACAUGCCGGCAAUGCAAAUAUGUACAAGGGUGAUGGAGACAUUGCAUGUGAUCAGUAUCACAAAUAUAAGGAAGAUGUCCAGCUCAUGAAAAAAAUGGGAUUAGAUGCCUACAGAUUUUCGAUAUCAUGGUCAAGACUUAUUCCAGAUGGAAGAGGCCCAAUCAAUCAAAAGGGAUUACAAUAUUACAACAAUCUUAUCAAUGAACUGAUAAGUCAAGGAAUUCAAGCACAUGUUACAUUAUAUCACUGAGAUCUACCACAAGCUCUUGAGGAUGAAUAUGGAGGAUGGAUUAACAAAAAAAUUGUAAGAGACUUCACAACAUAUGCGAAUGUGUGUUUUAGAGAAUUUGGAGACAGAGUCAAACAUUGGACAACGGUGAAUGAAGGAAAUGCUUUUGUAAAAGGUGGCUAUGAUUUGGGAUACUUACCACCUCAACAUUGUUCUCCUCCCUCUAUAUAUAAUUGCUCUAAGGGAGAUUCUUCAAAUGAACCAUACUUAGCAACACAUAAUAUGUUGUUAGCUCAUGCAUCAGUUGCAAGAUUGUAUAGGAACAAGUACCAGGACAAGCAACAUGGAUUAAUUGGGUUUAAUCUCCUUACUUUUGGUUUUGUUCCUCUAACAAAUACAAGUGAAGAUAUAAUUGCUACUCAGAGGGCUCAAGACUUCUAUCAUGGGUGGUUUUUGAAUCCCUUUAUUUUUGGGGAUUACCCUGAAACCAUGAAAAAGAUGGUUGGUUCAAGGCUUCCAGUAUUCUCAAAAAGUGAAUCAAAUUUGGUGAAAGGCUCAAUUGACUUCCUAGGAAUAAAUUUUUAUGUUUCAUUUUAUGUUAAGGACAAUCCAAAAAGCCUAUGUAUAAGAGAUUAUGUAACAGAUAUGGCUGUGGAACUUACAGCUUAUACCACAAAUGAAACAUUAUCUGAUGAGAUUCCAAUCAUUCCAUGGACUUUACAAGGGUUGCUUGACUCAUUGAAGAGUGUUUAUGGAAAAUUUCCAAUUUACAUUCAAGAAAAUGGCCAACAAACACACAGAAGUUCAUCAUUGGAAGACUGGCCAAGGAUAAAAUACUUGCAAGAAUACAUUGGAAGUAUACUUCAUAUGCAAAGGAAUGGACAUGAUAUAAGAGGCUAUUUUGUAUGGUCAUUCAUGGAUGUGUUCGAAUUAUUGAGUGGAUAUGAAUUCACUUAUGGCCUUUAUUACAUUGAUUUGAAGGACCCCACUUUGAGGAGACAACCUAAGCUCUCUUCUGUAUGGUACUCUAACUUCCUCAACAACAGAACGAUGGACCCAAUGGUAGCCAUGCAAAUUGAAAAGAAUUCCUCAUUACAUGAUGCCAUUUAAUAAUGUAAUAAGGACUUGUUAAAAAUCUAAUUGAUACGAAUUUGUGCUAUGGUAAUAACUUGGCACUUUGCCAAAGAAUAGUAAAGUGACAUAAUUCAUGGUGUAAAUUAAUGGAAUUAAUAAGUCAACAUGAGAUGAUAUAUUAUA